AUGGCGAGUGUGUCAGAUAUCUCUGAACCGUUAACGAACGACGUGAACGAUGUCAUCAGCAAGGAGCAGCGACGCGACACUGGCGCCAUCUACGAGCAUCAACACGACACUGGCGCCAUCUACGAGCAUCAACACGUAACUGGCGCCAUCUACGAGCAGCUGCGCGACGCCAGCACCAUCUACCGGCAGCGGAGAGAGCGUGUGCGACGCGUCUGCGCUCAGCGCUACGCCAACGCGACGUUCGGCGGCAAAAACUACAACUAUCUCACGCACACGUACGCCGACGACGCGCACAGCUUCGCAUACUGCGCGAUCCCGAAGGUCGCCUCGACCAGCUGGAAGCGGAUACUGCUCGCCGUGCGUGCGGCGGCGGCAUCCCCGCGCGAUGACGUCAUCGUCACCGCCGCGAGGCUGGAUCGGAUGUCGGGUGUUAACGUGCAUCGUCGCGCCAUGGCGGCGGGGUUGCUGCAUCGACUGUCGGCGCUGGACGCUCGCACGCGCGCGCACAUCAUGCGACGCUAUCGCAAGCUGAUCUUCGUCCGGCAUCCGUUCACUCGUCUGCUGAGCGCAUACCGAGACAAACUCGACCACGACGGCGACGUCGGCGACUUCGAGAAGCACCGACGCGCCGUCGCCGCGAACGCUGGCCGCACGGUCGGCAACGACCGACGCGUCACCUUUCGGGAGUUUUUGCAAUAUCUCGUCGAUUCCGAGCCGAGGUUGUUCAACGAGCACUGGGCGUUGUUCGCCCACCUGUGCAGUCCGUGCAUUGCCGACUACGAUUUUAUCGGCAAGUACGAGAACAUGGAGAAGGAGAGCGGCGACUUCCUGGCGGCGGCAGGGAUCGACGACGACGUUAAGUUGUCCGGUAAAUACUCAUUCUCCUCGCCGCAGAAUGGCAGCACCGCCGCGCAGCUGAAGCGCUACUAUGGCGCCCUCCCGCGGGAACUCGUGGCGAAAGUCUACGAGACGUACCUACCAGACUUUCUCAUGUUCGGCUACAAAGUGCCCGAGUUCCUGCGAUGAUGAUGACAACGACUAUGACAAUGACGAUGACUAUGAUGAUGAUGAUGACUAUG